GGGGGCGGGGCUCGGGCGGAGGUGCCGGUCAUCUGAUCUGCAGAGGCCUGGGCCCAGACACUGAAGGCUGGGGCUAUGAUGGCGGCAACAGUGGUGUCUCCGAAACGGAUGGGGACUCGGCGGGCCCCAGUCCUGUGGCUGCCUCUGUCGUUGGUGGCGGUGGCGGCGGCAGUGGCUGCGGAGCAGCAGGUGCCACUGGUACUGUGGUCCAGUGACCGGGACCUGUGGGCUCCUGUGGCCGACACACACGAGGGCCAUAUCACCAGCGACAUGCAGCUUUCUACCUACUUAGACCCUGCCUUGGAGCUCGGUCCCCGAAAUGUACUGCUGUUCCUGCAGGACAAGCUAAGCAUUGAGGAUUUCACAGCAUACGGUGGUGUCUUUGGAAAUAAGCAGGACAGUGCCUUUUCUAACUUGGAGAAUGCCCUGGACUUGGCCCCCUCCUCGCUGGUGCUUCCUGCUGUGGACUGGUAUGCAAUCAGCACCCUGACCACCUACCUGCAGGAGAAGCUUGGGGCUAGUCCCCUGCACGUGGACCUAGCCACCCUAAAGGAGUUGAAGCUCAAUGCCAGCCUCCCUGCCCUGCUGCUCAUCCGCCUGCCCUACACAGCCAGCUCUGGUCUGAUGGCACCCAGGGAGGUCCUCACAGGCAACGAUGAGGUCAUUGGACAGGUACUGAGCACACUCAAGUCUGAAGACGUCCCUUACACAGCAGCUCUUACUGCAGUCCGCCCUUCUAGAGUGGCCCGUGAUGUAGCCAUGAUGUCUGGGGGUCUAGGUCGCCAGCUGCUUCAGACUCAGGUGGCGUCACCUACGAUCCAUCCUCCUGUGAGUUACAAUGACACUGCCCCAAGGAUCCUGUUCUGGGCACAAAACUUCUCUGUAGCAUACAAAGACGAAUGGAAAGACUUGACUUCCCUUACCUUUGGUGUGGAGAAUCUUAACUUGACCGGCUCCUUCUGGAACGACUCCUUUGCCGUGCUUUCACUGACCUAUGACGCACUCUUUGGUGCAACAGUGACAUUCAAGUUCAUUCUGCUUAGUCGCUUCUACCCAGUGUCUGCCCGAGACUGGUUUACCAUGGAACGACUUGAAAUCCACAGCAAUGGUUCUGUUGCUCACUUCAAUGUUUCCCAAGUCACAGGACCCAGCAUCUAUUCUUUCCAUUGUGAGUACGUCAGCAGUCUGAGCAAGAGAGGCAAUCUCCUUGUGACCAACGUGCCCUCACUCUGGCAGAUGACUCUUCAUGACUUCCAGAUCCAGGCCUUCAAUGUGACCGGCGACCAGUUCUCCUACGCGAGCGACUGCGCUGGCUUCUUCUCUCCGGGCAUCUGGAUGGGGCUGCUCACCACCCUCUUCAUGCUUUUCGUAUUCACCUACGGCCUCCACAUGAUCCUCAGCCUAAAGACCAUGGACCGCUUUGAUGACCACAAGGGCCCCACCAUCACUCUGACCCAGAUAGUGUGACCUGUGCUAGAGAGGGAAUUAGGGAGGGUUGCUGUGCAGCUUGUCAAGUUUCCGUCUUGUGGCACAGUGGAUGGAAGGGUCUGUACGCUUCCUACUGUAGCAUGAACCCUACACUGCCCUCAGCCUGUCUUGCUUCCUCUUUAACCUGCUGAGGGACUUCCCUGGAACCAUCCCCCAGCUCUACCAACAAAGUGCAUUCUUCAUAGAUGUUAGACAAAUCAUCAUUAUUUAUUCUUACCCCUCUGCAAUUAUCCCUUGCUGUUUAUAGUGCUCUUGUGUAGUAAGUGCUCGCUUUCCUAGCUUUAUGGAGCUUCUAGCAACACCCGUGAACUUGAGGGUCACUGAGUUUGAGAGUUGUGGAAAGGCUACUUAACUGUGUGUCCAGCUUGGCUGUUGUGUUUUGGGGGAUGUGUUAACAAU